AUGGAUCCAAUUGAUGGUGUUUUUCGGAUUGGAGAAGCAAAUUCGCAAGUAUCACAUUCGGCAGGCACUGAUGUGCUUGGAAGAGGCGAGAAUUUUAAACUUAAAUCAUCAUUACUUAUUGAUAAAUCCUUUACCAAGAAAUGGUUAUCCGAAGGCAAAUUCCGAAAAUUAUUACUGAGCUGGUCACAUAUAGAAAAUACGUCUUAUGAAGAAGCGGAUAUCAUUGAAAAUUUUAUGAAUAAUUUGUCAGAUGAGGAAUUAAGAAAAGUACUACAAACAACUUUCUAUGGUUCGGUAGGAUCCUUUUUAGAUAAGCACUUCAAAGAGAUUUAUCUUUCACAUCAUGUUGUCUCCACGCACUGUGCUAUUGUUGUUAAUUUUAAACAAAUUUGUAAGCUACUUUGUGAUGUUUUCCUGUUUGAAGAUGCCCAUAUAUCUGAAAUUUUCGUGAGCAAAUUGCUGGACGCAGAAGAAAACUCAGAAAUGGACAUUAAACCGGAAAGCUAUCAGAGUUUUUGGUUGGAAGAUGUGUACGGACAUCUAAUAAGCAAAAAUUACACUUCUUUGUUUGUUCGUUCACCCACUGUAAAAAAAGGCAUAAAGAUACGAUAUAAACCACCACCUCCUAUGAAUUCUUUUUUCUCUCCAUCAGUCCUAAUUAUUUAUGAACGCAUCUGGGAAUUAUUGUUGAGAAUAGAAAUAGAAUGUACAGCCUUAGAGAUAAAAAAUCAAGUAAUGCCAACAGUAAUUUCAAUUUUGCAGAAAAUGAUGAUUCAAAGAGAUCACAUCUAUAGUCGUGCCAUGAUACAAAUGCGCAUGUGGAAUUUCUUGCAAGCUUGGCGUUCUUAUUGUCACGAAGAAAUCAGGGAUAUUGUAAUUUGUGACUUCCAGGAAGAACUGGCCAAAAUGAAAACAAUUGAAGAAGCUUCUCAUCUUCACGGGUAAAU